AGGUAUUAGGGUUUCAGAACCAUGAUGUCUUUAGCCAAAACAGGGAGAGUAAUGGAUACGCCGAUCUACCUACGCAUGGUCAUACCGGUCGGUCGUGACAAGUUAAAGAAUCGGUGGUAUGUGAUCGAGGAGACCGGAGAAGGCUCAGCAGCAGAUGAGUUGGGGGAGGAACACUGGGUCCAUAAGAGUCCAAAAGAUAGAGUUAAAAUUUUGGAUCUUCCCGAUUACGAUCAUAUGAUCCAGUCGGCCGGUUUCGCCGUCGCCAACUCCCGUUUAUUCCUCCUCGGUGGCAGUUAUUCCUGGUCGCCGACUCCCGCUGAAGAACGUGUACGGCCGAGUGGAAUUGUCUACAUCGACUUGCAGCAGAGCGACCCCUCUUGGUGCGAAAUCCAACUUCCAGAUGAAAUCGAAUUUACAUUCAUGCGUGUGCUUGGCGCGGUGGUUUCCGACGACGGCGAAUGGAUUUCUGCGGUGGGGGAAGGAGGAGGGGGGAUGCUAAGCUUCCGUCCCCGAGAUGUCGGGAGUUCUCUUGCUGUUGAGCCUUGUAUGAUCUUGCGUAGGCAUAGUUCUCUUUUGCUUGCUCAUACUGAGACCAAGAUUUUCAUGUAUUGCCGUGACUUCCAUCCCAGGGCGCUCCCUUCCGGUGUUUUACUCUGCAAUGAAUUGAAAUUCAAUUUUUGGGGAAUGUUGGAUAAGCUACCAUGGUGCAGCAGGUCCACGACCGCCGUGGUGGUGAGAGACUCGUAUCUGAUUUCCUUUGCAGUUUGGAGUCCCGGGACUGACGAAUAUCGUCCGGCUUUGUAUGUUUAUGACCUUGGUAGCCUCAAAUGGCUCCCCGAACCCGUUCAGGGACUCCCAAAUGAUGGCAACAUCUUUCCCUCUUGGGAAGCUGUCGAAACUGACGGGCCUAUCUCUGAAUCAUUCCUGAUGCGAGUCCAGAGAGAUGAACUGAAAUUUGCUGCGGUUUGGUCCGAAGACCACGUGACUGACGACCGCCUCCAGACCGAGACUCUAGUUCAUUGCUCCAAAUUCAUACUCGUGAUGUCCCAAGGCCAAUACCCAACCUUCCGUGCUGAACUCGUGUCUUCUGCAACCUUCAAUGCUGGAUGCUGCGCUUCCAUGGAAGGCACCACCGGCAGAUAGGAUUGUGACUGUUGGAUGGCCAGGUUUAUCAGAAGUUGUCUUUUAAGUGUCAUCUUGGCUGUCUGAUAUGUAGCAGGGAGGGGAGUUCUCAGCUUCACAAGUUGUCUUCCAAACACUUCUGUGAAGUGUCAAGCAGCUCUAGUUGUCUUUUAAGUGUCGUCUUGGCUGUCUGAUAUGUAGCAGGGAGGGAUUUCUCAGCUUUACAAGUUGUCUUCCAAACACUUUUGUGAAGUGUCAAGCAGCUGUAGUUCGAUUACAUGGCCUUCCUUUUUAUUGUGUUAUCCCUUUAUGUAUUCGGAUUGACGUGUGUCUGCUAUGUAUAUGUGAUGCAAAGUUGUGAAAUGACUUAGUGACUUGCUUUCUCUUGGCUCUAAUUGUUUACGAAGACAUGUUCCUCU